AUGGUUGGAGAAUUUUUCUUCUCCAUGGAGGAUAUUUGGCAAAAUGAUCCCUCCAAUUUGGCUGCCUAUGAACAGGGUGGAGGUGGAGGAGGAGGACUUCUAACAGCUCUAAAAAUCUUGGUAGCUCUGUUCCUGGGGCAACAGGAAGUCAAUGGCAGACAUAGAAUACUGGAGGUGACAGCCAAUAUUCACAAGGUGACAAGAAGCUUUUCAUUCUCCAGCACUAUGAAAGUGUUCUUCAGCCUAUCUCACUUUCUUCUGUUCACAACAUGGACCUUGCAUUUGGCACCAGUGAUUGGGAACAAACUUUUCCAGUUCGGAGCUUGCAGUAUUUCAAUCAACAUUAAUGAAAUUCGGGAUAGCUUUUCUACAAUUAAAAAAGUAAUUCAAGCCAGAGAUGCCAUCAGAACAACAAGCAUUUUGUUGCAUCCACAUUCUCUGCAUGAUUUUCAAUCUUUAGAUAGAUGCUGCCUUAUCCGUCACAUCUUAAGAUUCUACCUGGACAAAGUUUUCAGGCAUUGUGGUACAGAAAACCUUCACAUUAGUCGGAAAGUCAGCAGCAUCGCCAACUCCUUCCUCAGCAUUGAGAAAAAAUUCAGAGAAUGUCAACAUCAAGGUAUGUGCAGCUGUGGAGAAGAUGCAAUAAACAGAUAUCGGCAGAUCAUCACCAACUACGAGCAGAUAGAUGUUUCAUCUGCUGCCAUGAAAUCUCUUGGAGAACUGGACAUCCUCCUUGACUGGUUCGAGGAAUUUUAGAAUCAGAAUG